AUGGCGGCAUCGAGGAGCUACUUAGGUAGAGGAAACUACCUCUACUUCUCCGGCGAAAGAGAAGGUCCUACGGCGACGGAUUUGAGGUUCGAGUUCAACGAAUUCGACGUCUGGAACGUCUCGUCGUCGCCGGACUUUCAUAAGUCGGUAACAGGUUCUCGAAUCUCGAAGAAGUCGGUACCGGCGACGGAGAAGCGAGGAGUUGAGGUUAGAGGAGCGGCGUUGUCGCUGCCGGUUGAUGUUCCUGAUUGGUCAAUGAUCCUGAAGGAUGAACUCAGGGAAAACCGUAGGACAGUCGGCGACGAAGAUGAUUUUGAUGAUGAUCUGUACGGCGACGAGGACCGGAUUCCGCCGCAUGAGUAUUUGGCGAGGGGAAGAAUCGCGUCGCUUUCUGUACAUGAAGGAGUUGGUAGGACUUUGAAAGGGAGGGAUCUGAGUAGGGUUCGUAACGCAGUAUGGAAGAAAAUCGGAUUUGAAGAUUGA